AAACAUUAAGUCUGUAGCUGGCCCAGUGGUACACAAAAGACUGCAGUGCAGAUUUCGCCGUGUUUUUUUUCUUCUCAGUGAAUGUUUCUGCAUGGUGAUUGGUCCCCAGUGGUCUCAGUGCGCACGCUCAACCCUGUGAACUUUGCUGUUUGAGAGUAUGGCGGCGGAGAAAGUGUCAAUAACAGAAGAAUGGAUUAGGGAACGAGUACAACUACAACACCAGAAUCUAGUGGAUGUCAGAACAUUGUUGCUGCCAGGAACCUAUGAAGGAAAAAUCUACCAUUUGGGAAACUCCCUGAAGAACUUUUGUCGUUUAAAAACUCUGGACCUUUCUCGAAAUGCACUGGUCUCAAUAGAGGGGAUUCAACAUUUAAAGCUGCUUGAAAAACUCAAUCUAUAUUAUAAUAGUAUUCCUUCAUUAAAUGAAAUCUUUCAUCUUCGAAAUCUGACCGCCUUGACAGAGUUGGACCUCAGACUAAAUCCUGUAGUGAAAAGUGAACCAGAUUACCGGCUCUUCAUUGUACAUAUGCUUCCCAACCUAAGAAAAUUAGAUGAUCGUCCAGUCAGAGACAGUGAACGUAAAGCAGCCAUUCUGCAUUUUGGUACAGAAUUACCAUUUGAAAACCAAGAAUCCUCUUCUCCUGAAUCAGAAACAGGCAACAAGAGGACUAAUCAACCGAGGGCGUCGUAUGUGAGCAGUCUGUCUAAAAAAUGCUCUGUGCUUGAUGAGGAUGAUGAGGCUGUGCUAAACCUCAUUGCAAAGUGCAACUGGGAUUUGAGUAAACCUCCAGUAAUAACCGGAUCAGUGAAGAAGGCCCAAGAGGCUGAACUUUAUCCUUUACAAGGUAACCCUAAGAAAGAUGUCCAAGGUUUAAAUGGUUAUCAUGAAGGAGAUGAAAGUGCUACUUCAAAGCAGGUUAUUCAGGAUUCUGAAACACAAAAAUGUGUGAAAUUCCUGGAACCUAAUGAAAAAUGUCAGCCCCUGUCCAACGGAUCCCCACCAAGGUCUUGUAUUUUCAAUAAAGCAGCCAGAGACGGUAUGAGAGGAGGCGAAGGGAUAAGAGUAACAUUCUCAGAAGACAAGCCAAAAGAUCUACAUGCAGAAUUUCAAGAUGAGGCUGAGGCCUAUCACAAGAUCACAGCUCGCGGACACUUCACACCUCAUCCAGGUUUAGCAGGUCCAAAAGCUGUUGAUCCUUCAUCUGUUACAGGAUUCUGUCCUGCUUCUGAUAAACUUCUUCAGCAAGGUGUUCCUGAUUCUACAGGAAUACACACAAAGGCACAAAAAGCAGUUCAUCAUUAUGUAGAUAGCUCCAAUCCUGCAGAUGGGAUGGUAUAUAGGGAAAAGUAUAAAGAGAUUAUAGCUUCCGUUCCAGUUAUGAAAAAACAUGUUGCUCCAGCUCUCUUGGAAUCACUCUUGGAUCAAGUAGAUAAGUACUGGAAUGGCAAAAGGUCUCUUCACUGUAAUGAAAAAUUCCUAACUAAAGCUGUUCAAAUUCUGGCUGCAAUGUGGGUAGCAGAAGAACCAGACCACUCAAGAUUUGAAGAUGAAAUGAACAAGCUCAAAGAAGAGAAGGAAGCGCUGCACAUCCAGAAAGACAGACAGGAGCAGAGUGCUCUAUUGGAAAUACAGGCACUUAAUGCCCAGCUGAGCCAGACACAGAAAGAGACAGAAACAUUGGGGAGACAUUUGAAACUAACUAUGGAAAAGAAUAAGUCAAUGGAAAACCAACUUACAAACAUGGAACAAAAGUUAUUGAAUGCCAAAGGUCCCAAUCCAUCAGAAUUUCAGAUUUUCGAGAUGCAGAGCCACAAUCAACAGCUUAAGAUGGAAAUUGAGAGCUUGAAGCAGCAGCUUCAGCACUUUGGCAGGAUUCAGGAACUAACAGAGAUGUUACAAGAAAGUCAUAGAACUUUGGUUUCAACCAAUGAGCAUCUGCUGGCUGAGCUGGAAGAGACGCGUUCACGUCAUAGAACAGAAGUGCAACAGCUUCACUGGAGUUACAAUGAAUUGAAAAAAACCAUGGACAUUAUUUCCACCACUAACAAGGGACAUUAAUCUAGGAACCUUAACAGAAUAUUUUAAAAAAUCCAAUUUUUUUUUUCUUUUUUUUUUUUUUUCUGUAUUUCACUUUUUUAAACUUGGUUAAAAAACAACAUGUAAAUAAUGUGUUUUCCGUGUGCUUCGCAUAUUUCAGAUUUUAACUGUCAAUCAAUUUACUGUAAUAUUUAAUGACUAUUUUACUGUGAUAUAUACAAUUGUGUGCAUUAAAAUGUAAAACAUAUUUUGGAAAUAAAGCUGCUGUUUUUUUUAUAUUUUAUUGUCCUUGUUGGACCAAUGGAGCAGGUAGAGGAUGGUGUUGAUUGGGAGGUGUUGGGUUUUUUGUCUGUGGUAUAAAGUAUACAUACUCGUCUUUUUGUAUGUUCUAAGAACAGAAAGAUGUUGUAAUCAAGGCAGGAUGAUCAUUUAUACCUUUAGUUUGAACUUUAUGUGUGUUGUGUUCUUGCAACUAUUUUCACGAUUCUAAUGAUUCUAAUGCAGGUAUUUCAAAGUGUCUCAGGUCUUGCUGGUUACAACAAAGACAGAUACAAUAAUAAAAUUAACUAAUAUGAACAGAAUUAUAUAUAUAUAUAUAUAUAU